AUGGCGCUAAUACUGUCGUCUCCGCGGCUCGAGGCUGUGCGCCUCAUCCGCGAGCAGCUCAGCUGUACAUUGUGGUGGGACCCGCAAUGUCUCGACUGUAAGCACAAUUUCUGCCUCCAGUGCAUUCUGUUACACCUCAAAAGGAACAAUUCGCAGUGUCCUAUCUGUCAAUUACCCACAAGACCCAGUGAAGUGACUCGGAAUCAGUUCUUGGAGAGCAUUUUGGCGGCCUGGAACGGCGUCGAGACGGAACUCGAGGCUCUGAAUGGAGACCCGACACAGCAUGCCACUAAAAUUACCGUGGAUGACACCGAUAAAGCCCUCCAUCGAGCUGCCAGUGGGUCCGGUACUACCGUACCUUCCACCAUGGAUACUGAGGAAGAGAAGCACAAGAAACGAGGUCCAGUGGGUAACAACAAGUGGAACAUUGACACACAGGAGAUUCGACAGGAACUCAGGCUGGAGCAGCCGUAUUUACCGCAGAAUUACGGCUCAAGACAAGGCAGUUCAGCUUAUUGGAAGAAAACGAGCAGUAGCGACUUGCCCGAUGACUACGCUGGGAGUUCAAGUGCGAUGCUCUUAUCUCCUCCGAAGAACAGCCUAAUGGCGACGCAAGAGGUGGAGAUUUAUCUGGAUCGUAUCAGCAAGCAGCGAGAGGCGUUGAGUCAAUGGGAACGGACUUAUCAGGCAAAGAGUAGCGACAUUUCGUCACUUUCGGAUCUCGAACGCUCUCUACACAGCAGCAAUAGUUUCGACGAGUUGCUGAAGGAGAGACGGAGAGCGUCCCAGCAUGACGAAGACGGCGAUCUGUUGACGCAGAUGACGCAGAUGCCGCCAGCUACGAGUACACUGGAGUCUCCAGACUUAUUAUCCUCUUUCCGACGGCAGCACACAGACUCUAAUGAGAGCGAGCGACGGCCAGCGAAGCGGCGAGUUUUACUGUCGUCGCCGCUUUCCUUGCAUCCUCGAGGUCGAAUAUCGUCGCCGUCACGGAAGAGACUUCGUAUGCCUACUCUGCAGGAUGAUAACUACCAGACGUAUGGGCGCAACAUUGCGUCAGCUAUUGAUCUAUCGAAAGCUGAGUCCGACGAGGAGAAUGAAUACGAGAUGAAGCCGGCAGUGCCACUACCUCCUUCUCCCGAACACAAGACCGCAUCUCCUGAUCCAAGGGCGUUAUUAUCACGAAAGAAAGAGCGGGUCAGUGAUGAUUUCCGUAGCGCCAUCACAGCUUUCCAGUGCGAAGAGAAGAACGACGAUAAGCCCAAGUCACAAGCAGCAAAGCGACUUGUAACAUCAGCUUCCCACACAGCUGCUACGACAAGGAAGAGCGUCGUAAGACCAAGCUCGGCUGGGAACUCGAAGCCUCCCGUACACACUUCGAAGAAGCCAGCCAAUAGUGACAACAACUUCGUGUUUGUGAGCUCUGAUCUCGCGCGUGAAGAAGUGAAGCGCGUGCUCGAGGCAACGCAACGACUAGGAGGCAAAUUCGGACACGACUUUGACCUCAAACGUGACCCAGUUACCGGCCGCUUCUGUACCUCCGUGACGCAUUUAGUCACCAAGGCGGUGCCUCCUAUUGGCGCCAGUAGUGGAACUGCUCCAGACGAAUUGCGAUGCAAACGCACAGCCAAGUACAUGCGCGCACUGGCCGAAGGAAGCUUCGUGAUGGAUUUCUCGUGGGUCAAAGCCAGCCUCGCAGCUGGCAGAUGGCUGACUGAAGACCCGUUUGAAGUGAUCGGAGACAUCUACAGUGACGCAGUGGGGAAGCCACAUGAAGGACGCAUCCGUCGUGUUCAAACGGGGAGACGCAACAGCAUUUUCAGUAUCUUCUGCUUCGUGUUGCUCGUGUCGGAGAAAGAGUUCGACUUCCAGUUCGCAAGUGUGAAAGCUCUGGUCAAUAACUUUGGAGGGACAGUCGUCCACGCCGAGAAGUUCUCGAAGGACAAAUCCAAGCAACGUUCGCGUCGUACACCAGUGGGUGUCGUCUCCAAGGCCACGUUGCCUUCUGAUGCCAAAGCCAAGUGGCAACAGUUCCAGAUCCCCAUCGUGCGGAUCACCUGGAUCUUUGACAGCGUGAGUCACCUCGAAGUGCUGCCAUUCGACGACUAUUACCCGUACUGA